AUGGCAGAAAGAAUGUUAAAGUUUGGUAUAUGCUCGAAUGUGAGAGUAUUGAAUACACAGUCGACAUCGUAUCAUCCAAUAGCAUCGAGUAGUGUCAAUAGAAUAGAGCAGAGUGAGAUUGGUGCUGGCAGCGGUAUCACAUCGACCACUGCAACCACUUUGAUCAUGAUGAACGGCGGCGGCAGUGACUCGAUCUUGAGUGGUGCAUCGUCGGCAUCGGCAUCAUCAGCAGCUGCUUCACUCGUUGAUUCGUCGCUCUCAUCGAUCGGGUCAUCAUCAUCAGGCAUCUCACUUCAAUUCCACUCGUUGAAUUCAUCGACCCUUACAUCGGGCUCCAACUCUUCGAGUAGUGGAACCGGUAACAACACCAGUGUCGGCGGCAGCAGUGUCACUGGAACAUCGGGCAAUAGCGUUGCAAGUGGAGGUAAUGGUGCUGAUCAAUCACACUAUACAUUCCCAAAUGCUCCCAUAUUCUCAAGUGUAUGCUUUCAUCCUACUUCACCAAUCCUUUAUGUAUCAAUUAGAAAUGAAAUUUAUUUUUAUGAUUUAUUGAAUCAAAGUAUUAAAGGAAAAUUAAUGAUAGAUAAUAGAGAGACGAUUCAAAGUAUUGUAACAUUAAACUACUCUGGCAAUGGUCUUCAAAAAUUUUUAUUGUGUUUUACACAAGAGGGUCUGUUGUAUCUCUGGGACACUGAUACGCACAAACUCAUCACUAUUGUACAUCCAAUCAAACAAUUCGAUACACGUUCCAUUACUUGUAAAUCAAGUGCUCCAAACAAAGCAACCGUAUAUUAUUCAAAAGCAAAUUCAAAAGAUAUUGUUGUUGAGGAUUUUGAAAAAGGAUCAAUGACAUCAAAAUUAAAAGGACACAAGAAACCAAUUUCAUCAUUGACUCAUCAUCCAACCAAAUCAUAUUUGGCGUCGGUGAGUAUUGAUGGUUCACUCAAAAUUUGGGAUACAAAGUCACAGAUUGCACUUUUAAAUCUUGAAGAUUUCACAUCCUAUGAAAACUCUAGAAACAUUGAACAUUCUUCAAACUUUUUCCUUGCAUUUGAAUGUGCCACAGGAAAGUAUAUGGUAAUGACUGGUUCAUCUGGUUUAACUUUGGUUUAUGGUGAUUUAACCUCAAAUUCUCAAGAAAUUAUUGCUGUAGGAUUUAUUUGUAAAGGAAAUACUAUAUUAUCAUUGGUUCAUCAUCCACAAUUACCAGUAUUUUUUAUAGUAUCUAUUAAUCAUCAAACUGGAGUAGAGGAAUUGAGUGCAUGGGAAAUCAAUUAUCAAAUGAAAUCAAUUGUUCCAUCGUCACUGUUGUCUGCUACUCCAUCUCGACGCAGACACUACUCAGCAACUGGCUCGGUUUCACAACAAGGUGACGGUAUCGACGCAACCAUGAUUGGUAGCACACACAUCCUUAUCCUCGGUUUGGACGGUCGUAUUGCAAAGGUUGCUCAACUCUCUACCCAGGGUGUAUCGGCCUUUAAAAACUUCCAAUUGACACCAAAGGUUGCAUCCGUCUUUAAGACUCCCCUUCAAGAUGGUCGUGUCGUUCAAUACUAUAGUCAAGAAAAGAACUGUAUUCUAUAUUCAAAAAAUAUAAAUCCAACUGAAAAGGAUAAUUAUGCUGUCGAUACUCAAAUUCAAUUAUAUCUAUUUAAAAAUGAAAAAGUUUACAAAAUUGAAUGGCAAACAGAUAUUCAAAAGAAUCAAAAUAUUUGUUCAAUCAUGACAGAUAUGAGAAUUAUUAUAACCAAUGCAAAGAUGGAGGUGAUUAAUCAAACUCAGGUACCACCAAGUCAUAGAAAUUCAUCUUGUUAUUUCACUAGUAUAUAUUGGUUGGAAUGGACAUUGUUGUACACUACACCAACACAUUUGAUGUACAUGACAUUGCAAAAUAAUCUUUUGCCACGUCCUAUUUCCAGUUUGAGUAUUGCUCCAAUUGUUUUGUCGGUGGUGUUCCCCGAUCGUAUCAUUUAUGCUUACCAAGGUGUUGGUAUUGGAUCGAGCAAUGCACGUGUUGCAAUGUCAUCGUCCAUCUCCAACUCUUCGUCGUCUUCACAGUCUGGUUUGUUGUCAUCGUCGACUGAUUCAUCGUCGGGCGUGUUGAAUAUGGCAUCGUCAGCAUCACAUUCAAACAAUGUCAAUAAUAGCAAUUACAUUAAUAAUCAAACUGUCGUACACGCAUUGUCAGUUGGUUUGUUAGAGUGUCUUGCAGUUGGUCUCUUGUCGCUUCCCAGUUGGCUCGCACCCGCCGACAAGAAGCAGACAAGUUUGUACCUACAAAACUUGGUGUCGCGUUUCGAGUAUACUAGAACCUCGCGAUUCCUAUUGGACAAGCUUAGAGAGCGUGGAUUCGUCGAUUUGACCUAUUCACUGGCCAACAACAUGCGCACAAGUCACAGCAAGUUGUCGUCACUCGACAAGUUCCGUUUGGCGUGGUCGUCCAAGCAGUACCAAGACGCACACCGUCACCUCAUCGAAGAGUACAAUCGUCAGCUGACAUCGGCCAAGUUGGUGUCAUCGGCCAACAACACGACCGAGCAACCACUGACCAAUGGCGCCAGCUUGAAUGGACAUUCGAAUGGAUCAGCAGGAAACGGUCCACAGACAUUGGAUAAGCGAUCAUUUGGCAGACUCAAAGAGUUGAUGCGCGACUUUGCACGCGAGUGUGUCAAUGCAGGAUAUUAUAAUUUGGCCAAAGAUUGUUUCGCACGUUUGGGUGAGCAUGUCUAUUUGUUGCAGAUUGCCGUGAUUUUAGGUGACCGUGAAGCUGUACAGCAGAUCCGCAAGGACGCCGAGACACGCAGCGACGCUGUCUUGGUAGGUGCAUGCGACAAGUUCCUCAGCGCCAAGAAAAAGGGUGGAGACAGCUCGUUGUCGUCGUCGUCCAAUUCAAUGACUGAGAAUGGUAAACUCAAUCCACCAGUCAUCAAGAUAUUGCCGUGGGCACCAACGGACCACAUUCACCUUGGUAUCAAGGCUGGCAACGACUACAUGUCACCUGUCAACCUAAACAAUAUCAACCGCUACUUCCCAGUCACUGGUGUAUUCAACAGUACCGCGUCAUCGUACGGAUCACAACGCCACAAACUCCGCACACCCGAUGAAACGUGGCCACCCCAAGACUACAAGCACAGCGUUGCUCUCACGCCUCCACGCACGCUCAACUCGCUCGUCAGCCACAAGUUGUCGACCAAGGCACACAUCUCAUCCACUCACACACUCCGUCGCUCGCCAUCUUCGGAAAACAUCACCAUGUCAACCAGCAGUGCCGUCCGUUUCAACACCUCCAACGUCCAAAUCGGUGCCGACAAUGACUAUGACUCUGAUUCAGACUCUGGUGCCGACGCCGAUGUCGACUCGGACAAUGAUGACGACCUCAACCACAUUUCAAAGUCUUUAGAGGACCACAUGAAGGGUCUCACAACCACCACCUCUGACAGUCAAUCAAUGGGUGACUAUGAAGACGAUGACAGCAGAUCCUCUACCAUUGACAGUUCCACUCCUCCAUUAUCAUCAACUCCAACUGCAGAAUCAAUUUAA